AUGGAGCUCAAACGCAAAUCGCACAUCUGUGAAGGUGUAGAGGCGGCUGUUGCGGAGGCCAUUCGUCGGGAGCUCCGUAACCACGAUGAUAUCGCCAGGCUGGUCUGGUGGGCCAGCGCCUUCAGCAGGGCCGACCUCACCGGCGCCGCCCGGGCGAACCGUCCCUGGAUGGCCGACAGGCGCCUCGCCGCGCAGCUCGUCGCCGCCAACCUGGAGGCCGCAGUGCCGCUCAUCGACUCCGAGGCGCUCACCCUGCACCAGCGAGGCACCGUCACCAAGGGCGUCGCUGUUCUCAUGUUCGCGCAAUGCGCCAUACUGCUCAAGGACGCUCGUCACGCGUGCAAAAAGGCCUACAGCAACAUCAACAGCAACAGCCGCGGCGCGCCCGCCGCCGCCACCCUGCCGCGGUCCAAGACCAGGGGGCGGCACGUCGCAUCCGCCGCCACGCCCGAGCACGCCCACGAGCCCCUGUGGAACCGGAGCGUCCACCGCGUGCUGACGGACAAGAAGCUGCGGCUGGAGUGCCUGGACACGCGCAUGAAGACCCCCAACGCCCACGACGGCUUCGCGUACAACAAGAUCAUCAUGGGCGUCGGCAUCUACAGCCAGUUCGAGUUCGACGAGCAGAACAACAUCCGCAAGCAGCUGACGCAGGUGGUGAAAUGGAACGCCCCUGCAGGCGCAAAGUCGCCGGCGGCCGGCCUUUUGGGAACCGACGACGUCAUGCGCACUGCACCAGCGCUCUGCAACGCUCCGUCCAAGCUGCCUCGCCAAAUGACGUACCUGCACGACCUCGAUGACGCGGUGGGCGAGCAGGAGCGCGUGCAGCUCCGGAGGGUCAAGCGGGCUGCCCUGGAGGCCUUCGACGACUGCGUGGUCGUCGCCCCCGAGCUGCUGCUCCCCAAGAGACGCUCGCAUCACACCAAAACGGCGCAUACGGCAUCCGCAGCCCACGCGCCCCAGUGCUGCCCGGAGCCGCGCCGACCGAGCCCCGGCCAAACGUGCACGUGGUUCGACAUCCGGGAGACGCUGCUCCACGAGUGCGAGCUGAAAUACAAAAUGUUUCUCGUAAUGUCCGUCGAGCAAGAAUGCCCACAACAGCGCCCCGUAACCGACAGGGGGCCGCGGACUCGGCGCGGCGUAACGCGACAAAGUGAGUGUCUUGUGGACCCCCCCCACACCCGCCUUAACCCCCUCAUUCGUCUCAGGGUCCUCCGGCGAGAGCAAGCAGAGGUCGUACCCGCUGCGGUCCACCAAGGCGCGUGUAGAGAACGCCGCGCACUCCGAGCUGUUGACGUUUGUCCGUCGCGUGUAUGCCUAAUGCGCUCGCAGCAAAGUCCGAGAGUGCUGCCUUCGGGAACAAGGCGAGGGGCGCUGCUGCUUCCGCGAGGUGCUCGGCAGCGAAGGUCGAGGCCGCCAGGAAAUUAG